AUGGCACCAAGACAGUACAAGACCAACAUCGAGACUGGAAGAACAGACAUUGAGUCAGAUUUAGCCUUUCUCCGGUCCAGACCCCAUUCUCUCUCUUCCUUGCUUCCGGUGCGACCCUACUCACUCUCCAUAAACGAGGAAGACUACCACUACUCUCCCAAACCGAAGGAUCUGCGUCCUGCCCGGCUCUUCCGAAUACUGGGCUCGUCUUUUGACCCUUUCUGGAUGUCAGUCGAACGUCCGUCUGAGUCAGAGAUAGAAGAUGGAGAAUCUGACAAAGGUUUCGACUUAAGCGCAUCUCCGGAGCUAACAGAGGGCGCAGCGCGUUACCAGCGAAAGUUGGAAAAAGAAGCCGAGGACUUGGAUUUAAGUUUGUUUCCCGAUGAUGCUACCAGGUUGAUUCGGGCAUGGCUAGUCCGCUCGGCCACUUGUGAGUUAAGCUACCAGUGGGUAGAUUUGGGUCCCGUUUUCUGGCCCCGGUGGUUAAGACACACGGACUGCGAGCAAAUCGGGGGUUCACAGAGCUGUUCUUUCCCCAGCGGGAUGUCCUGUCGAAGGGCGCAAGUAACGCACAUUAAAAUCUUGGCUUGGCACUGUUGGGGCGGCGAGGAGGGACCGGGAAGGGUAACUGACGGAGGGUUGGCUGGUCCAGGAACAGGUGUUUCAGUGAAACGAUGUAUUUGGCGACAGGUACCCUAUCCUGUAGUCACUGCUUGUAAAUGCUCUUGCAAAUAG